AGUAACAGAAUAAUAAACAAACUAAACUAAAACUGAACCAAUAACAGAGUAGGGGUGCGUAAUGCGCAUCGCAGUUCCAACGACGACGACGACUUCCAUGGCCGGCGACGAGAGACAAACUUCUUACCGUGUUCUGGCGGAUCGGUGUCGGACACUGGAGGAGGAACAAGCCAAGCUCAGGGAACAGUUCCGCCAACUCUUGCAGGAGAAGGAAGAGGAAGAAGAAGAAGUGGUGGUUGCAGAUUCAACGCUGCGUUUUCUUUCGGGGAACUUCUUCUCGGAUAGUCCGUACGCUAGCGUGUUGAAAUGCAUGGGACACGCCGUUCAUGUCUACAGAGCUUCCUCCGGUGAGAUCAUAUAUUGGAAUCGUUCAGCAGAAACACUGUAUGGAUGGAAAGACUAUGAAAUCAUUGGUCAAAGAGUUGCUAAGUUCCUUGUUACCGAAGAGUGUUAUGAAUCUCUGCAGAAUAUUCUAGAAAGGUUGAUCAGAGGAGUUCCAUGGUCUGGAAAGUUUCCUUUCAAGAAGAGAUCUGGUGAAGUAUUCAUAGCAAUAGUGACUAAAACUCCUCUUUAUGAGGAUGGCGAGCUUGUUGGUAUUAUCACUGUUUCUAGUGAUGCCGCUGUAUUUAACUCAAUGGAUUCAGAAAAUAGAAGUUACCAACCUGGUAACAAUGGCAAAGCUGGAGGACAGAGGAUAAAUUUCAAAAGAAUUCAGUGGCCUCCACGACCGUUGAUUGCAUCAUCUGUCUCUAAUCUGGCAUCAAAGAUUCUCCUAAAUCGGCAACGGCAUCCGGAUGAUGCAUUUUCCAGGAAUACUACAACAGAUGGAGAUGAAGAAAAACACAGCAUUCAUGAAAAAGAACGUCAUUCUAGUCAUCAGAGAAGUGAAAACAGAACUUUUAGGGAGGCGUCCGAGAAGGUUAAGUCUACUAUUGCAGCCAGAGUCCUAGCCAAGCUACAAACAGGGGGAAGUGAAAAAUGUGGGAAGGAUGAUGGAAGCAUUAAAAGUAAUUGCACAAAUGAUUGUUCCGGAAGUAAGAGAGUGAAUAAUGAGGGUGAUUCUUCUGGAGGCUCAGUAGCUUUAACUCCACGCAAGGAUGGUGCUAAUGAAGAGGAUAGAGAAGACCCAUUGUUAAGAUUACACUGCAAAUUUAAUCCAAAGAAAAAGGAACAAGAAGCUAUAAAUAUGGUGAUAGAAGAUGAAAUGAAAAAGCAACAAGAAGGACUGCAAUUGCAAAGUACACGAGAAAGCACUGGCAGUAAUGGAGGCAGUAAUGGAAGUUCAUCAAGUAAGGGUGACAAUGAGUCAAACUCUAUUGUGAAGUCUGAAAUCCAUUGGGAAAACCUUCAAUUAAGAGAGGAGAUUGGUCAAGGGUCUUAUGCAGUUGUGUAUCACGGAAUAUGGAAUGGAUCGGAUGUUGCUGUCAAGGUUUACUUUGGGAAUGGAUACACAGAGGAGACCUUACAUGACUACAAAAAAGAGAUUGAUAUAAUGAAGAGACUAAGACACCCUAAUGUAUUACUUUUCAUGGGAGCAGUAUAUUCGCAGGAAAGGCUUGCCAUUGUAACAGAACUAUUACCUAGGGGAAGCCUUUUCAAAAUUCUUCACAAGAGUAAUCAGCCACUAGAUAUCAGAAGGCUUUUAAGGAUGGCUCUUGAUGUUGCUAAAGGUAUGAAUUAUCUUCAUCAUAGAAAUCCACCCAUUGUGCAUAGAGACCUAAAGUCUUCUAAUCUGCUUGUUGAUAAAAACUGGACUGUCAAGGUUGGAGACUUUGGUUUGUCAAGGUUGAAGGAUUCAACUUUAUUGACUUCAAAAGGAAGAGGCACUGUAAUGAUAUCUCUCAUCUUUUCACUUUGUAGAUCCAAUACAUACGGCUUAAAUCAUUUUAGUUUUUCAUCAAUGUGUUUUUCUGUCAAAAUGCAGCCUCAAUGGAUGGCCCCUGAAGUCCUACGAAAUGAGCCUUCCAAUGAAAAGUCGGAUGUGUAUAGUUUUGGUGUCAUCCUCUGGGAACUAAUGACUCAGUCCAUUCCGUGGGAAAAUUUGAAUUCUUUACAGGUGGUUGGAGUAGUAGGAUUUAUGGAUAGAAGACUUGAGCUUCCGGAAGGGCUUGAUCCCCAAGUGGCAUCAGUCAUUCGUGACUGCUGGCAAAGUGACCCAGAACAACGCCCAUCAUUUCAAGAGCUAAUACAGAGAAUGAUGUUCCUUGUUAACAAAGUAAACGCAGUGUCAAUUAGGAGAAAUUCAGAAUCAUAAACUUGUUACGUGGUCUGGGUUUAUGAAUAGCAACUGAAAAGUCCUAGCCGAACAAAAUUGAGCGCAACAGAACAUCCUUCCUAGUUCCUUCCAAUAUGAGAGAAUUGGAAGACUUUGAGAAGAAUAGCUGGUUGAUCAUUGUGAUUCUUGUCACUCAUGUAGUUAUGGAUUCAAAGUGACUUGAGAUGAUGCUGACCAAUGACGGGCGCCUUCCAUGAAAGCCAAGAAUCGAAUUGAACCCAUCUUCAUCAUUCACAGAGAAAUGCUAAAUUCAAACUAGAACAUAGAAUGCAUAGAAUGUACAAGCUAGAACAUAGAACAUAGAAUGUACAUUCCUUACUUCGAAUGGAAUAAUUCAGAAGUUAAUGGUUGAACCUAUAAAUUAGUCAUACUAAUACAAUGUCAUGUAUUUAUUGCUAUUCAAUAUCCAAACAUUUGAGUCAAGCGUUCUAGUUGGAACGCAUGAUCCAUUUAACUACGUGAACUUUUUUGCUAGAAA